ACCAAGAAUCAUCUGUGAUUCAAAACCGACCACACUGAGAUUAUGGCGAGGACAAAGCAAACUAAGAGGGUAUCGUCUGAAGAGUUGGCCGAUCGUCGUGCCUAUCUCCACGCUUCUCAUAGGCGAGGUGAUCAUGAUACAGAUGUGUCGACUUCUCGGAAGCGGGAUAGGAAGGGUGCUAGGAAGGGGGCUCCGAAGGCGACCACUGAGGUUCCUGCCCCUGCUACUGAGGUUCCUGCUACUCAGGUUCCUGAUACUGAGGUUCCUGCCCCUGCUACUGAGGUUCCUGCUACUCAGGUUCCUGCUCUCUCGACGCCUGAGGUUACUGCUACUGAGGUUUCUCCUCAGUCGACGCCUGAGGUUACCGCCCACGAUACUGUUGAGCCUUCCACCUCUUCACUUGAUAUUGAUGCAGUUGAGGAGCCGGAGUCGGAGUCGGGGUCGGAGUCGGGGUCUGAGUCUGAGAUUGAGGGUGAGGAUGUAGAGGUAGAGGAUCCGAAUAUGCCGCCGCUCCAGAGAUAUCCACCGUUUCCUGGUGGGCCGGUUGAGUUGUCACUUCUGCAGCAUUACCCGGAUCACAUAGCGCCGUGGACGUGGCAUACCCUACUAGGCACCACUGACCCUCGUUAUUCUGAGCGAGGUGAUUUGAGGCUUGCCACUGCUGGUACGAAGCUCGGGCUGAUGACGUGUGAGGGGGACAAUUACAGGGAGGUCCGCUUGAUUGUGGAGAGGAGCGGACUGUAUCCACUGGUUAGGUGCAGCUAUGUAGAGACGGAUCCAGGGCUUAUAUCGGCCCUUGUGGAGAGGUGGCACGAGGAGACUAGUAGUUUCCACAUGCCAUUUGGGGAGAUGACUGUCACCCUUGACGACGUCUCCGCUCUUCUUCACAUCCCGGUUGGUGGGAGAUUCUACACUCCAGGAGUGGCCUCGAGAUAUGAUGUGGCAGAGACCUGCGCUUUGCUGUUAGGGGGGGAUGCAGAUUUGUACAUGGCUGAGUUUGAUAGGCUUAGGGGUCCGACUAUGAGGUUCAGCUUCUUGCGAGACCUUUACCCGAAAGCUGUUGCAGGUUUGUUUCAUUCAUUAUCUGAACUUUUUCCAACUAUUAUUUAUAUUUACUUAAUCAUAAUUGGUAUUACAUUGUAA